UUGCAGGGGAGGGGCUGAUGCUGGUGGCUGAAGAGAGCAAGGUGGACAGACCAAGUGGUGGAAAUGGGGCCACCCUCCUCAUGGAGGAGGGCGUAGAAGAGAGGGCCAUCCCCAUAGCAUCUUAUCUCCCCCCACUUGGGGUGAAGGGUGCUGCCCUUCCUACCACGUUGAAAACCACACUGAUGUCUCAAUUGAGCGCCUGUUCCGUUCUGAACUCCCAGACUACCGUCUGUCACAGCUCUCAGUUCUGCAAAUCCAGCCUGGGAUCCACCCUCGGUGUCUCAAGUGUGAAGAGUCCACCCUGCCCCGGAGGGUGGAGAACCCCGGGGCUGCUGCUGCUGCUGCUGGCAGGGGUUGCUGCUGGGGCCGUGGCUGGAGGGAUUCUUGGCUUCGCCCACGACCCUCCCAAGCCACUGCUGCAGCUGUUCCGCCUGACCCUCCCAAGCCCCCAGCUGCCCCGGACCAACCAAACCACCUUAGUGGAUGUGGCCCAGAACACAGCCACCGUCACUGUGACCCCCCCUAGGGACAACGGCAGUUGGGUGGUGCUAUUUGAUGGACAAAGUGACUGUGUUUGUUACCGACCUGCAGGGCACCCAGCCUGCUUCCUGCGACGCAUGAAACCCCGGGACCAGGAGACCUUGCAGCUGUUGGUGGCCUCUGCCAGGGCAGACACCUCCAGGGCCUCACAGACUCAAGACCCAGGACGGGAUGCUGGCCCCACCCAGGAGCUGCUUGCCGUGUCUGGGAGACACAAGGUGGAUCCUGCCCAGGUGGGGGCUGCGGUGCGGCUCCUGUGCACUCAGAUGCCCAUCUACUGGGCCCACCACAUGGAGGGGCCCCCGAGGCAGCGGCUGAUCUACCUCUGCAUCGACAUCUGCUUUCCCAACAACAUCUGUGUGUCAGUCUGCUUUUAUUACCUGCCUGAUUGAGCCCAUGCAGUCCUGUCCCCUCGGGCCUACCACCAGUGCCACACUGGGACUAAUAAACCCCCCUCCACUUGGC